ACAGACAGACAGACAGACAGACAGGCAGACAGACAGAGACAGAGAGAGAGCAGAUAUAAAAAAGGAAGACGACGCUGAAACAGCUAACAGAAGAAAAGGUUCCACAUGUCUGGUUCCAGCAUGCUGCUGCUGGUUGCUCUGGUGCUGCUCCUGCUGCUGCUGGUCUGGAAGAGGAAGGGGUCACGGGGGCUUCCACUGCCUCCAGGGCCCCCUGGUCUACCCCUGCUGGGAAACCUGCUCCAAGUGGACAAGAAUGGACCCUUUAAGACCUUCCUGAAGUGGAGUCAGCGGUAUGGUCCAGUCAUGACUGUGCAUGUCGGACCACGUCGGUUUGUGGUUCUGAGUGGGUACCAGACGGUGAAGGAGGCAUUGGUUGAUCAGGCAGAUGAUUUCACUGGAAGAGCUCCUGUGCCGGUCCUGAACCGGGUGGUCAGGGGAUACGGUCUGGCCAUCAGCAAUGGCGAGCGCUGGAAACAGCUGAGGCGCUUCACACUGAGCACGCUCAGAGACUUUGGCAUGGGCCGCAAGAGGAUGGAGCAGUGGAUCCAGGAGGAGAGCCGGCACCUGCUGGACAGCCUGAGGGAAACCAAGGGUUCACCAUUUGAACCCACUUUCUUCCUGAGUCGUGCUGUGUCCAAUGUGAUCUGUGCUCUGGUGUUUGGGGAGCGUUUCAGCUAUGACGAUGCCAACUUCCUGCGACUCCUGCAGAUCAUCUCCGAUGCAUUUCGAUUCGGGAGCAGUCCAUGGGGACAGCUAUACAACAUUUUCCCACGGAUAAUGAACUAUAUGCCCGGUCGCCAUCAACAAUUCUUCAUAGGAAUAGACAAACUUCGGGAGUUUGUAACGGAGAAGAUCCACCAGCAUAGGGACACACUGGAUCCAGACAACCCCCGUGAUUACAUUGACUGUUUCCUCAUCAAACUCAACCAGGAGAAAGAUCUCCCCAAAACUGAGUUCAUCUAUGACAACCUAGUUUCCACGGUCCUCAAUCUCUUCUUCGCUGGCACAGAAACCACCAGCACAACCUUGAGAUAUACUCUGAUGCUGCUGAUUAAACAUCCAGAAAUACAAGAUCACAUUUGUAAGGAGAUUGAGGCCGAACUUGGUCAAGAGCGCCCCCCAAUGAUGGAGGACAGGACGUCCCUCCCCUUCACGGAUGCUGUCAUUCACGAGGCUCAGCGUUUCCUGGACAUGGCCCCCCUCAAUCUCCCCCGCUACACCACCAAAGACAUCACCUUCAAAGGCUACGGCAUUCCCAAGGACACCGUAGUGAUUCCCUUGCUGCACUCUGUGCUACGGGAUGAGAAGCAAUGGGAGAACGCCUGGACCUUCAACCCAGACAACUUCCUCGAUCGAAAUGGCAACUUUAAGAAGAACCCGGCCUUUUUUGCCUUUUCUGCAGGUAAGCGGUCGUGUGUGGGUGAGUCUCUGGCACGGAUGGAGCUCCUGCUCUUCCUGGUGUCCAUAGUGCAGAAGUUCCACCUCAGCACCCCCGGAGGACCCUCCAGUCUGGACACCAAUCCAGAGUUCAGCAGCUUUGGUCGAUACCCACGUCGAUACCAGCUCAUCGCCACCCCCCGGUGCAUGGCAUGCACGGGUGUGUGUGCUAUGCCCUGCACAGCGUUGUGUCACUAUCAGAUCUCAGAUCUAAGGACAAAGGUCUCCUCCAGCUUCUGGUCGUGCAGGAGUUGCAACAUGUCUGGUUCCAGCAUGCUGCUGCUGGCUGCUCUGGUGCUGCUCCUGCUGCUGCUGGUCUGGAAGAGGAAGGGGUCACGGGGGCUUCCACUGCCUCCAGGGCCCCCUGGUCUACCCCUGCUGGGAAACCUGCUCCAAGUCGACAAGAAUGCACCCUUCAAGACCUUCAUGAAGUGGAGCAAGCAGUAUGGUCCAGUCAUGACUGUGCAUCUCGGACCCCAGCGGUUUGUGGUUCUGACUGGGUACCAGACGGUGAAGGAGGCAUUGGUGGACCAGGCAGAUGACUUUGCAGGAAGAGCACAAGUUCCAUUCGCCCUCAGACUUCUCAAAGGAUAUGGUCUGAUCAUCAGCAAUGGCGAGCGCUGGCGACAGCUGAGGCGCUUCACACUGAGCACGCUCAGAGACUUUGGCAUGGGCCGCAAGAGGAUGGAGCAGUGGAUCCAGGAGGAGAGCCGGCACCUGCUGGACAGCCUGAGGGAAACCAAAUCAUCGGCUGUGGAUCCCACAUUCAUGUUGAGUCGCGCCGUGUCCAAUGUGAUCUGUGCGCUGGUGUUCGGAGAGCGUUUCGACUACGAUGACGCACACUUCCUGAGGCUGCUGCAGGUUCUCUCUUCCAUGGUGCGCUUCGGAAGCAGCCCCUGGGGACCGGCGUACAACAUCUUCUACAAGGUGAUGGAUUAUCUACCAGGACCCCAUCAGUCUGUCUUCAGUCAGGGGGAGGAGAUCAAGGCCUUUGUGACUGAGAAGAUCCACCAGCACAAGGAGACACUGGACCCCAACAACCCCCGGGACUUCAUUGACUGUUUCCUCAUCAGAAUAAACCAGGAAAAGGACGUGUCCACAACAGAGUUCCACUAUGAUAACCUAGUGGCAACAGUGAUGAACCUCUUCAUGGCUGGAACAGAGACUACCAGCACCACCAUCAGAUAUGCCCUCAUGAGGCUUAUCAAUCACCCAGACAUUCAAGAGCAUGUGCAUGAGGAGAUCGUGUCAGUGCUUGGACAAAAUGGCGUUCCAAAGAUGGAGGACAGGAAGUCCCUCCCCUUCAUGGAUGCUGUCAUUCACGAAGUUCAACGCUACAUGGACCUCGUGCCUCUCAAUGUCCCUCAUUACGCCACCAAAGACAUCAAGUUCCGGGGCUACAACAUUCCACAGGGCACUGUCAUCAUACCAAUGCUGCACUCAGUGCUCAGGGACGAGAAACACUGGGAUGACCCCUACACCUUUAACCCUGAGAAAUUCCUGGACCAUAAUGGUAACUUCAAGAAGAACCCUGCCUUCAUGCCCUUCUCUGCAGGUAAACGUGUGUGUGCGGGUGAGUCUCUGGCACGGAUGGAGCUCCUCCUCUUCCUGGUGUCCAUAGUGCAGAAGUUCCACCUCAGCACCCCCGGAGGACCCUCCAGUCUCAACACGUCCCCAGAGCUUAGCAGUUUUGCCAAUGUGCCUCACCAGUUCAAGCUUGUUGUCUCCCCCCGCUGACCAGAUAUGGUGGAACAGCCUGGCGCAAACUGUGUUUAGGAGUAGGCGAUCAACAUAUCAGAAACCUUUUAAUAUCACAAUCUCAUUCUAUAUGUAUUAAGUUCAUUGUGUCUAACUGUUUAACUUAAACACUUAGGGUUUUCUUUUGCCUUAAGACCUGUGAGAGUUAGGUAAAAUAUAAAAACUUUUACAUGUCUUAAGACAAAAGAAAACCCUAAGUGUUUAAGACAAUCUCAUUCUGUUUGCAAGCAGUAUUUGUACAUUUGUAAAUAUAUCCUACAUGGAAAUUACCAUGCCACGAUAGCAGCAACUUGAAUAUAAUAAAUAUUGUAGUGAAUAAAUAACACUUUUUUUUAUUCACAUUAUGUUUGUAUUGGAUAAUGUUUGUUGGUGUGCAUGUGAUAUCAACUUUGUUGCAAUGGUGCCCUUGUUUUCCAAUCUAACAAGCAUUUCCAGAGGUGGCAAAGACAGAUGAGCACAAGGUGUUUCCUUUACCUCUCGAUUGCACUCUUCCUCCCCAUUCAGGCUGCAGUCUUGGUGAAAAUGGACCACAAAUGUUUUGUGUGUUCUCCCCUACACCAGUAGCUGCCUGAGCAUUUAUUCUCAUUUGGGCUUGGCAACAACCCACUGCUUCAAGAGUAAACAAUACAGUACUUCAAGAAGUUAUAUAUUUUGUCAAUAUCACACUCAAUUCAUGACACUUUUUGUUACUUUACAAUGAAUUUAUUAAAAUCAGAAAUUCAGCCAAAUAACCAAUGAUACUUGUCUUUGUGAAGAAAGAAUAUCUCUCUUCAUGUAUUAAAAGCAGAAAUUCAGCUAAAUAACCAAUGAUACAAUUGUCUUUGUGAAGAAAGAAUAUCUCUCUAUAGCUGAUUCAAAGAAUGUCAGAUGAGCUUCAAUCCUAACCAGCAUGAUGGGGAAAUA